UCAUUGUAAAAGUAAAAUUUAAAGAAAACCUGAAUGUUUUAAUCCCAUAAAAAUAUCGGUCGAGGGUUUAGGGGUUUUGGACCGAGUUAGUAAAUCUCCACAACGACAGAAUUUUCUGCUUCUGCAUUUCUGUUGAAAGCAAAGAGCCUCUUGAAAACAUUAAUUUAAAAUUCGCUUUCAAGAGACUGGAUAUAAGUGCUUUUGGCUUUUUGUUUUUCUGUUUAGAAGUUUGGAAGAAGGCUCAGGAGUUUUAGGGUUUGAUUUGAAAGCGAAAGGCGAAGGCGAAGAUGGCGAGUAAUGAAGAAGAGGAGGUUCAUACAUUUGCUAGUUUGGGUGUCUGUGAACAAUUAGCUGAAGCCUGCGAUGCGUUGGGCUGGAAGAAACCCUCUGCUAUUCAAGUCCAGUCUAUUCCUCUCGCUCUCGAAGGGCGGGAUCUCAUUGGGUUGGCACAAACAGGUUCUGGGAAAACAGCAGCUUUUGCAAUUCCAAUUUUGCAGGCACUUCUUGAGAAACCACAUCCAUUGUUUGCUUGUGUUCUUUCUCCUACCAGGGAGUUGGCACUUCAAAUUGCAGAGCAGUUUGAAGCUCUAGGGUCCGGCAUUGGUGUCAAAUGUGCAGUGGUUGUUGGGGGUAUUGACAUGAUGGCACAGGCAAUAGCAUUGGCAAAAAGGCCUCACGUUGUGGUAGGAACUCCAGGACGUCUUCUCGAUCAUUUAACAAAUACCAAGGGCUUUAAUCUACGGAUGCUAAAGUAUUUGGUGUUGGAUGAAGCAGACAGAUUAUUGAACAUGGAUUUUGAGCAAGAAAUUGAUGAAAUUCUUAAGGCUAUUCCAAGAGAGAGAAAGACAUAUUUAUUCUCAGCAACAAUGACAAAUAAGGUGGCCAAGUUGCAGAGGGCAUGUUUGAAAAACCCUGCAAAGGUGGAAGUAUCUUCAAAGUAUUCAACUGUAGAUUCACUGAAGCAACAAUAUCUUUUUGUCCCUGCAAAAUACAAGGAUUGCUAUCUUGUUUAUCUUCUAAAUGAGUUGUCUGGAAGUACUACAAUGGUUUUCACUCGUACAUGUGAAUCUACAAGACGUCUUUCCUUGAUCCUUCGUAAUCUUGGACUUGAUGCCAUUCCUAUAAGUGGUCAAAUGAGUCAGCCAAAAAGAAUUGGUGCCCUAAACAAGUUCAAGGCUGGGGAACGCAACAUCCUUAUCUGCACUGAUGUUGCUAGCAGAGGGCUUGAUAUUCCUUCUGUGGAUAUGGUCGUCAACUAUGAUAUACCUACAAACUCUAAGGAUUAUAUUCACAGAGUUGGAAGAACAGCUCGUGCUGGUAGGUCAGGUUUAGCAGUGUCUCUUGUGACCCAGUAUGAUGUUGAACUUUACCAGCGUAUCGAACAAUUGAUAGGUAAGAAACUGCCUGAGUUUCCAUCAGAGCAAGAAGAGGUUUUAUUACUACAUGAACGAGUUAAUGAGGCACAGAGAAUUGCCACCAUGAAACUUCGUGAAAAAGAAGGCAACAAGAAACACAACAAGAAACGGGGAGAUGGUGGGGAUGAUGAUGAUGAUGAUGAUAGAAGGUUUACAGGUUCCAAAAACAACAAAAAAUUAAAGAGAUCGAAAGGACGGUGAUGACUCAUCUAGGAUUUUGCUCUACGAUAAUUGGCAUUUUAAAUGCUGUGAUUUAUAUAUUAAGAGUUGGUCAGUUUUGUGACUGAUACAUCCAGGAAAUUCGGAGCUAAUGUACUAUUUUGGUGACAUUGCAUAUCCAGAAUAUGAAUGCAUCAAAUACUUUUUCAAUUGUAUUGUAUACUUGCAUUGUCUUUCUAGGGAAGGGUCAUCCGCUUUUUAAAAUUUUUCAUUGUAGGGAGGACCCUUUCUUGUAAAUGGCAUGCAUGAUUGCAUUAUAUAGUUGAGUUGAACCUUAUUAAGUACUAUUUCAAUUGUAUUGUA